AUGGUUGAACAAAUUGAAAUUAAAGAACCCACAAAUUUCGAUGUAAAAAUCAAUGAUAUUUCAACAAGUGAAAUUAAAAUUAAAACAUUUGUGUCCAUAGGAGAUUGGUGUCCUGAUUGUAAAAAUGCUAACCCUGUAAUAAAUCAUUAUCUCGGAAAGAAAACUAACAAUGUGCUUAUCAAGGUUUCUGUUGGCUCAAAAAUUGA